CAGUAUUGCUUCUUCUUUACUACAAAACUCCCCCACUGCACCGAUCUACCUCGUAGUCCUCACCCAUGUUAUUCAAAAUAAUUACCCCAUACAGUAACUGUAAUUGUAAACAAUUAUAAUUCCCCCAUGUGGGAUUAAUAAAGUUUACAUUAUCAUUAUUAUAUUAUUAUUAUUUAGUACUUUGAAGUGUGUUAAGUAAGAAAUGUUGUGUAAUAUGAUAAAGUUAUACCUGCUAAACAAUGUAGUAUACGAGAUUGUCGUCACACUUAUGACUGAACACAGAUUGCAAUCUGUGUGUGUGCUUGCGUGUGUGUGUGUGUGUGUGUGUGUGUGUGUGUGUGUGUGUGUGUGUGUGUGUGUGUGUGUGUGUGAGAGUUGGGGUUUUUUGGAUGGUUACCUGUCCUAUAUUUCUUCUUUGGUGGGCGGAGGAUUGGUCUGUAUAAAGAGACGUUGGGCACAGAGACAACUUCACAACAGCAUCCUCUGACAGUUGACACCACUCUCCUAAAAAGGAUUAAGACAAUUCAUCCAGCCUGAAUAUGAAGCUCGCCACGCUCGUCUCCGUUGUCCGUCCCGCCGCCGCCGCCGUGCUCGUCCUGCUGCCGCUGCUUCUGAUUGGCUGGGCCGAGCAGGCGGCGGCACUUCCUGUCGACCGGCCGCUCAGCGAGCCGCUACGAGACCAGGACACGUACCACGCUGUCCGCAACGUCUCAAAACACGCUCAGGACCUGCAGACGGAGGACGACUCCAACGUCAGGCUGAUGCCCCGAGUCAACACCAACCAGGACUACCUGAAGAUCUGCUGCCUCCACGCCAACAUCCUCGACUACUACCUGAACAACGUCCUGCCUCACCAUGACAACACGCAUCCCAGCAUGCACCGGCUGAAGACCGACCUGACCCGCGUCAGCGAGGACCUGCAGACUCAAGGCUGUAACGUGACUCACUACCACGACCAUCACCACGCUGUGGAGUUUCGCAAGAAGCUCGCCAAGAUGGGGGGCGAGCGAGGGAUCAACAAAGCGGUGGGGGAGAUCGACAUCCUGUUCAUGUACCUGCAGGACUUCUGCAUCCAGUCCAGACGCGCCGCCGCCGCCGCCGCUAACUGACACCUCCACGUGUCCCUGAACGCACCGCUAACAACUCAUCAUAUUUAUCACCUUUAAUACCAGCAACCUUUACAUGUUAUACUUCUAUUUAUUAAGAAUCUAUUUAAUCUGAGGCCCUUAACAUUUGUUUUUAUAUUUAUAUUUAUAUUAACCUGAGAUUAGUUAUUGAUCUAUUUGUUGAUCAGAAAGUUAAAAAUGCCGGAGCUGAGAGGCGUCUGGUGUUGCUUGUGUUGCCAUGUUAUGGCUGAUUAUUAUUAUUAUUAUUAUUAUCAUUAUGAUGAAGUUACACUUUCAGUAUUUCAUGUUUCAGUUCGUGCUGAAUGAACCGUGUGUUACACGACUUGAAAAGAAAUAAAGUUUGGUUUUGAA